AUGGUCAUGCCAGGCAAGGAGAUUUUGCCUAAUAAGGCCAAGCGAGCCAAACCAGCUACUCGUGCACCUAAAACCGCUAUUGGUGCUCGAUUGGCCGCAAUGGAAGCCCAAGAAGCCCAGGAUUCACGGCCCCGGCUGAACGCUUUGAACGCAGCUGCUCCGGCAGCUCAAGAACCGCUACAAGGACCUCUGACUGAAGACCAAUUCAAUCAACAACCUUUGUACGACGACCUUGUAAGACCUGGAGACGCCAACUCAUCUGGAAACGAGGAAGUACAACCUGAUGCUAUGGAUCGAUCGGAUUACUAUCGUAGUAUAACAUAUCAAGAGAGAUGCCUUCGUGAGGAGGCUAACUGGAACAAGGUCGUGCCAGCUAUGUUCUUGGCGUUCAUGCCGUGUAGCAAAGCCACGUUUCAAUGGGCUGACCCGUUGCUUUGGAACCACGAUUACAACACUCCGUGUAUCUGUUCCACCUGGCAACUGAAGGACGUCGAGAUUGAUGUCAUUGACUUCCUAGGCCGUUUGAAGAUGACAAUCCAGGUUUGCAAAUGCACUCCUGAUGUAGUGCGGUUAGUUCGUCAGGGGUUCAUUGGCGGUACUCCAAAGGAGCCGCGCACGGCUUUCUCAAUUCGAAUGUUACGAUAUCAUCAUAUUCUAUGGAAGCACUGUAGUGUGCGAUUGGCUCCAUUUGUCGAAGCUCAAGACGAGUAUCUUGAUGCUCGUAAUUCUCUACUGUUGAUCAAAGGCUCCGAUAAGUCUCGUGAUUGGCGAAAGGGAUUUUCUGCCGCUGUUGAUGUAUUUAGAGAUAUGCUUCGGUUACAGGAUGAUCUAGCGUCCAAAGCCCUCAAAUUAACCCCCGGGGACCAUCUAGCUUCGACUUGUCCGCCAUGUUUUGGACCAAAAGUUGCAGGAAAGAGAGCGUCCGAGCCAGAUGUGAUUGUGUGUUUCGACGGAAACUUUCAACACCGCCGCCACAAGGCAGCUAGUGCUGGGUGGAGAGGGGAAGCUGGCAUCACCCCACCUCUGUUUAUGGCACCCACUGAAGUCAAGUAUUGGGAGACCAAGAUGGGUGUCCAGCGAGCGGGCGCAAAGGAUGUGAUUCAUCCUUGCAGUGAACAACAUACCGCUGCGGAUGAUGUUCGCGGGCGGCAGACUUUCCCAGCCUAUGAUGAGACUGGCUUAAUGGGCAUGGCAUGUAGACACGAUCAAGCAUUGAAGUUUAUCAACAUAAUCCAAAGUGGCGAGAGAGGGCACUUUCCUGUGGCCAUGCUCGACUGGCUAUUCAAACAAAGUGAGCACGACAUGCGAUAUGCUGUGCUUUAUGAUAUCGGCUGCAAUAUGGAAAGAGGAAUAUUAAAAGUACUCCAGCAUUUGUAA